CUGAGACCAUAUGUGGGAGGUCAGGAAGUGGUGAAGUUGUCAUAAAGUGAAAUGAGCCACAUAUUGUUACUGCAGUUUUAAAUUACCUUUGAAGUUUCAGGGUAUGAACAUGUCAAGACUGAUGGGUAGAUUUUCAUACGGCUUUUUGCUGGUAUUUUGCUGUUUUACAUUUGUGUCCAUCUAUGGAAAACCUUCAGACUCGACUUCUUCAUGUGAAACUAAGCUGGUUGUCCGGAGAGGCACGACACGGAAAACUGCCCCACAACAAAAUCUGACAGUCAGAUGUACUGUCAAACACUGUGGACAAUCACUAAAUGUCUUCUGGUGUAAACAAGUCGACACAGUUACAUGUCAACAGAUAAAUAAUACGAAGAAUGUGGAAAUAACACAGAGCGACGAUGAUGUUAAGAAACUGACAUCUUUUUUGACUUUCAAAUGGAUUUCCACUCAUGAUGAUGGCCUGUACAGAUGUGAUUUGAGAGGAAACAACUAUUCGCUGAUAAGUCAUACCAUCAAUGUCUCAGUUUCAGGUAGGCUGUUUAUUUCUCCUUCACUGCCCACAAGUACCUGUAAGAUGUCUUAUUUAACUGUUAAUUCAAUAUACUCUUCAUCAUUCCACAUAGACAUAUACCAGGGGGUUGAAAAUGUUGACUAUAGUGCAGAUGACGAGUCACCAAGUGCUGAUGGUGAUGGUGAUAAGGACAUGUCCUGGCUACCCUACUUCCUCAUCGUUGUUAGCUUUGCUCUUCUGAUCAUCACAUUGACAGCAUUAACUUUCUUGGGUUUUCAUGGCUUUAAACGAAAACUGACCUACAACCUCAAAAAGGCGCAAGAAAUGUCCACUCGUACGCUUCCAGAGUGCUGCAAGGGGAGUACCUCUUCCAUUUCUGUCGUGCACUUCUCUUCAACUACUGCAGGCACACCACCUUCCCUGAUGACCGAUGGGAACCAGCCAACUGUGGCACCCACAGCAGAUAAAAGUCAAGCAUCAGACAAUGCAGUGUAUGCUGCCAUCAACCAUACACAGUCCAUGAUGCCUGCCAGAGAGCAGGGGACCUCAACUGAAAAAGACAAAAAACCACAAUAUGCCACCAUCAAUGUGCCCUGAACAUUUUUGAUUUAUCAUACAGUGGAAAAAUGUGGAUUUAAAAAUGUACAUUAUGUGGUUGAUCGCUUAACUUCUCUGCCAUGACUCUGUUCCAUGACACAAGAAGUAUGUGUUGGUGUCAUGGAACAGGCAGAGAAGUUAAGCGAUCAACCACACUGUGGAAGAAGAAGGAAGCUUGUGGUUACAUGUGCAGUGCAGUCAUUUAAAAUUAACCUGGCUAGAGCAAAAGCAGUUUUGUUUUUAUUCCCUCAGGUUUUAUCAUUCAUUUCUUGUUACUUUCUUGUUAUUUUUCUACCCAUAGUAAUUUCAUUUACGUGACUUGGAGCAAUUUUAUUGUCUUGUUUAACUUUGUUGGCCUAAAGUUUGGCAGUGGUAUAAAAAAGGGAGUGGAUAAGUAGAUUUGUCAUGUGCAGAUUCACUGAAUACUUAUUUAACAAACUUCUGUCUGAAAGUAUGAGGACUGUAAUUAAGGAGUUGUCUGGAUCUUGCGAAAAAGCAUUUGAAUAUAAUUAUCGGCUGAUCUGAAAUAUAUAUUUUUGUUUCACUUGUGA